CAAUUCACAUGACCCUCCACAAAUUUUCUAAAGAAUCUGAGCUGGGUUGUUCUUGCUCCAAUUUUUGAUAGAAUACCAUCAAGACCAACUCCAAUCUUUUGCAAAAACUCUCUCUCUAACAUGGAAAUGAUAGGAUACAAUCAAACUUGUUGCUCAAGUAGUUAUAAUUCUGAUCAAUCUCAGUCUAGCAACCUUCACCCAGAGUCACUACCCCUGUAUUCCCAGCCAACCCUAACAUCAAUUCCUUCCCUCACCUCACAGCUCAAUCACCAAAACCACCAUCCUCAAACCACCCAUCACCAUUGCAUCGCCACUCUUAAUGGCCACAACUCCUACAUAUCCUCUCUUGCACUUUCCGGACAAUUACUUUGCGCUGGCUGUUCCGACAAAGAAAUUCGGUUGUGGAAGCACAACGUUUUAACCUCCGAAUUCCUUCCUGUAAAUCUAACUGAUAACACGGCAGCAGCUGGAAAGGGUGCAGUGAAGUCCCUAGUAGUUUUAGCUGACAAACUAUUCAGUGCUCAUCAAGAUCACAAAAUCCGAGUAUGGAGAAUUGAUCAUAAUCAAGACAAGAUCACGCUCUUGGCCACGCUCCCAACACUAAGUGACCGUGCCCUUAAGCUUCUAAUACCCAAGCACUAUGUACAGGUCCGGCGCCACAAGAAAUGCACGUGGGUUCAUCAUGUGGACACUGUAUCUGCACUAGCCUUGUCAAUCGAUGAGUCCCUCCUGUACUCCGUUUCAUGGGACCGAACAAUCAAAAUUUGGCGAACAACUGACUUCAAAUGCUUAGAGUCAAUAGAUAAUGCGCAUGAUGAUGCAAUAAACGCCUUAACAUUAUCUAAAGAGGGACACAUUUACACCGGGUCAGCUGAUAGGAAAAUUAAGGUGUGGACGAAAAGCUCAGGAGAAACGAAGCAUUCUUUAGUUGCUACCUUGGAGAAACACAACUCAGGGGUCAACGCACUGGCACUGAGUACCGAUGGAUCCGUGUUAUACUCUGGUGCAUGUGACAGAUCAAUAGUGGUUUGGGAGAGAGAUGAUAGUGGCAACAUGGUGGUUGCCAGUGCCCUCCGGGGCCACGCCAAGUCCAUAUUGUGCUUGGCAGUUGUGUCCGACUUGGUAUGCAGCGGUUCUGCUGAUAGUACUGUAAGAAUAUGGAGAGGUGUAGAGAAAUGCUACUACUGCCUGGGAGUCUUGGAGGGGCAUAAAGGGCCAGUAAAGUGCUUGACUGCGUCAAGUGACCCUUCUUAUCAGUCUCAUACAUCUUUGUAUCUCCUCUACAGCGGCAGUUUGGACUGUGACAUCAAGGUCUGGCAGAUUUUAGUCCCUUUUCCUUAGACUUCUUCUUCUUCUUCUACUUUUUUUAUGUUUUGUACGAGUCUAGGAGUAGUACUUUUCUCAUAUUUUCUUUUAGAUCUUUCCUUCUAUUUUUCUUGAGUUUGUAUUAGGAUUGUUACGAUCAAAAGACUUGAAAUUUAUGAACCAUAAGGGAAUUUAACUAGGGAUUUUUAAAGGGCGGUUUCCCUAUAAACUAAGCUAUUGAAGAACGCUAUCCUGGUGUUUAGAAGCGAAAUUAUGAUUUUUAUGAUUUAUUGAAUGAACUGACCAUUCUAGUUUUUAAUUGAUAAUUGUCACUAACCUGACUUUAACGUGUAUACAUAUUAUAUUGAGUUCAUUAUGAAUGCUUCUUGAUGGUCUCAUGGUCCUAAAGAAGCUAUUCUCUCAGAUAUUGUAAAUAAAAAACACAGAGGAACAACAUGGUCCCUCCCUUUCAAUACUAACAAAAAAAUAAUAAUAAAUAAAAAAUGAAAAAUGAAAAGAAAGAAAGUAAAAAAAGCAUGGUCCUUCCCUUUCAAACAUGCAAGCUUACAAAAAAAAUAAAUAAAUAAAAUAAAUAAAUAAAAUAAAAAAACAUGGUCCCUCCCUUUCAAACAUGUUUUUAACGCCUAAAUCUGGUGCUGGUUUUCUUUACUCUGUAGGGUUAGUUGGAUGGCAAGAACUCAAAUAAAGCAAGGGCAUUAAGGUCACAGAUGAAUAAUUAUUAUAAUACAGGUUAGUGACAAUAAUUCUCACCUUCCAUCUUCUACAAAUUGACAAUAUUCUAAUAAUUUUAUCUAUAUUCUAAGUUGAUUCCAACUUUCCAAGACAGUAUAUUCCAUAUCUAACUUUGACACGCCAAACCAAAACACUACAUUUCUCAUAGUCCAACAAAUUUCCUAUUCAGAAGUAGGUAGGCAAAAGCAAUUUUCAUCAGAAAAUAUAUACGAAAAAACAGAUAAGAGAGAGGAUAGAAAGGCUCAUUUUAAUAAUAAAGAAAUUAUUGUACAACUCUAGCGUGUGAACAUUAUAAAAAAAAAAAAGGAUAAAGUACAAAAACCCCAAAAACUAUGGCCGAAUUUGCAAAUAACUCUUGAAGUAUAUUUUGUGCAUAAUAACCCUUGAAUUAUCACAUUUUGUUGCAAAAUGCCCCAAUGUCUGGACUAUUUUUUAUUAAAUGACCAAAAUGCCCUUUCUUAUUGAAUUACACUUAAUCUAUUUUUCUUAUCGA